AUGCGCUCUGCCAUCAUCCUCACUGUCGGCGCGACCGUCGUCGCUGCCUCGCACCCUGCUCUCGAGCGCCUCGAGAAGCGCGAUGCUAAGGAGUGCGCUUCCGUCGCCUCCAGCAUCCUCCCCGACCUCACCGCCAUCCCAACUCCCGACUCUACGCUCGCGAGCUUCCUCGCCAAGCAGACCGAUCUCAUGACUGUGACCGAUCAAUGUGUCAUCCCCGCCGUCACUGGCUCCAUGGCCAAGGAGUACACUUCCUACGCUUCCAAGCUCAGCUCUUGGUACAUCGACCAGAAGGAUGGCAUUUCCUCUCUUCUCGAGGCCUGCAGCGACGUCCCUGAGGUCAGCUCUCGCAUCGCCGACCUCAAGGAGACUGCCACCAUUUGCGACAAGGUCACUUGGGCCAAGGAGACUGGCUCUUCUUCCAGCGGCGAUGCUUCUCAGUCCAGCGACGCUGCUGCUUCUAGCUCCACCGCCGACAAGGGCAACGCUGCUGGCGUCAACUCCAUCAAGGCUGUUGCCGUCCUCGCUGUCGCUGGUCUUGCUGGUGUCAUGAUGCUGUAA